AUGCGUGUAGACAUCAUAUCACUUUCGUUUGGGUUCGAGUCAGAUCAUCGCAAUGUGGAAAUUGACAAGGCAAUAUCCAGUGCAAUAUCUGAUAACAUCAUCAUUUUCGCCGCAGCGGCAAACGAUGGUGGCAACAAGCCCAGAGCGUAUCCUGCCAGGCGGGCCGGCGUGAUAUGUAUUCAUGCCAGCGAUGGCAAUGGCAAUGACGGCGGGAUAAGCCCUUCACCACAGGCAAGGAAGUCCAAUUUCUCGACCCUUGGCAUCUCGAUCGAGUCAAAAUGGAAAGGGAAGAAAGUGCUGCAAUCGGGGACCUCGUUUGCGACUCCCGUUGCUGCCGCUCUUGCUGCGGAUCUGCUGGAAUUUGCGAGAUACAAAUGUUCGCUUAAUGAGUAUGAGUACAGGCGGCUGCACAGUUAUGAUGGCAUUGAAGCGCUGCUUCAUUUGAUGGUGGAAGAACGGCACCGGUACGACUACAUCACGCCUGGGCGUGUGUGGACAGGAAGCAAUUCCAACUCAUGUGAAAUGGAUCUCGCCAAAAAGAUUGAAAGAAUUGCAAGAGAAUAA